ACUAGUCACGUAUCCACAUUUUUUCCAAACCAUAAAAAAGUAAAAAUAAUGGCGGCUCCAGCAUUGGAGGGCGCAGCCGUCACGGCUCUCCGGUCUGUAAUGCUCCGAGUGCGCCAAGGUGCGGAGCGGGCUGGAACACGACCUGAACUCAUACGGGUCGUGGCCGUGUCUAAAACCAAAUCUGUAUCCCUUAUCCGCCAAGUGUACGACGCAGGCCACCGUUGCUUCGGCGAAAACUAUGUUCAAGAAAUCGUCGAUAAAGCUCCCCAGCUGCCGGAGGAUAUAGAGUGGCAUUUUAUUGGCCAUUUGCAGAGCAACAAAGUUAAAACUCUUUUGUCAGGAGUACCAAAUCUGUCCGCAGUUCAGAGUGUAGAUAAUGAGAAGGUUGCAAACAUUCUUGACCGAGUAGUUUCAAGCCUUGGAAGAAACCCUUUGAAGGUCUUUGUCCAAGUAAAUACCAGUGGAGAAGCAUCAAAAUCUGGAAUCAAUCCCUCAGUUUGUGCAUCCCUUGCAGAACAUGUUAAACUGCGGUGCCCAAAUUUGGUGUUUUCUGGCUUAAUGACAAUAGGGAUGCCAGACUAUACAUCAACUCCAGAAAACUUUAGGACAUUAUCAAACUGCAGACUUGAGGUUUGCCAGGCACUUGGAAUAGCAGUGGAUCAGUGUGAGCUAUCAAUGGGCAUGUCUGGUGAUUUUGAGCAAGCGAUUGAAAUGGGCAGUACGAGUGUGAGAAUUGGAUCGACCAUAUUUGGACCGCGGGAGUAUGCCAAAAAAGCAACCUGAAUAGUUUUUCAAGGUUCUUGUUCUGUAUAUAUUUGUUGUACCAUUGCACGUUCUUCAUACUCGGAAUUAGGUGUGCAGUAAUGCAUUGUUUUGUUUGUAAAGGGUAAUAGAUUAAAGUUAAACUGAAACUUUUCCUCCUUCAAUGUGAUCCCCAAAUGAUAUUUUCCAAUUGUUCUAUAUCUAUAAAAAGUGCAAGUAGAAAAUGAUAUCCAA